ACCAUGCAUUCUUCGGGGGAUCUCCUCACGAGCCAGCCGACCAAUGGGCGACCUUUCCCGGCGUAGCAGCAGUCCGACAGCCAGGCGGAGAAGGAGCCAGGCGAUGGUCUCCGAGCUCCGGCAGAGCGCUGCAUCCUGCAUCCGCGGAAUGGACGUUGCAUCGGGAGCAGCCGUUGCAGCUCGGAGCGCAUGGAUGUUUUUUUUUUUUUGGUUUCUUUUGAAGGCAGUUUAAAAAUGUUCCAGUGGAAGAUCCACCAGCGAUCGCAAAGAAAUAAAUAGAUAAAUAAAAACACCGGACCGCGACAUGGAGAGCGGGAGCUGGGCUGCCAUGGUGGGGGACGGCGCAUCCAAUAUGACAGCCGCUCACAUCUGGCUGAGUGUCCUCAACUCUUCCAGCCCGCCGACCCGGUGGGGCAGCAGUCCAUCUGCCCCUGGAACCGCACUGGAGGACCAGAACCGUCUGAUCCAGGAGCAAGCUUACCGGGACUUCACCACCACCCUCCAGGUUUUCAUCCUGAUAGGGUCUCUACUUGGGAACGCUACAGUGUUGUGGUGCACCUGCUCUACAAACGUCUUCAAAUCGGUGACCAAUCGUUUCAUCCAAAACUUGGCAUGCACGGGUAUCUGCGCCGGCGUGGUGUGCGUUCCCUUCGACGUGGCGUUGGGCUCCAGCCCUCAUUGCUGCUGGUGGCUUCACACUCUGCUGCUCUGCAAGGCCCUCAAGUUCCUCCAGAAGCUCUUUUGCUCGGUCACCAUGCUCAAUUUCAGCGCCAUUGCACUGGACAGGUACUACUCCAUCCUGUACCCGUUAGAGAGGAAGAUCUCUGAUGCCAAAGCCCGAGAUCUGGUCAUCUACAUUUGGGUCCACGCCGUGUUGGCGAGUCUUCCUGUUUUCAUCCUGACCAACGUGACGGAUGUGUACGUGGCAUCGUGCUGCGCAGACGACCACGGCAACUCCGUGGGGCGCACGGCGUACGUGUUGAUCUACAACAUCACCACCGUCGUGCUACCUCUGGGUCUGGUCUUCUUCUUCAUGCUGCUCAUCCGCAGAGCGCUCAGCGCCAGCCAGAAGAAGAAGGUGAUCAUCGCCGCCUUGCGGACUCCGCAGAACAGUAUCUCCAUUCCGUAUGUGUCACGGCGAGAAGGGGAGUUGCAUGCCAGUCUUCUGGCUGUAGUGCUGGCUUUCUCGGCCUGCAGCGCCCCCUAUGGAGCCUUGGUGGUCUAUCGCACCGUUUUGGAGGAUCCCAAAGAGCUGCCUGUGUCCUUGUACCUCACGGCCUUAUGGCUCCCCAAGGUGUCCCUGAUCACCAACCCUCUUUUAUUCCUGACGGUUAAUCGCUUGGCACGCCACAGCUGCCUGGAACUCUUGUCCAGGAUUCACAGACGCUACAGCCGCCGUAACGUGGUCAGCACGGGGGGGCUGGCCUCUCUCGGGGCCGAGGUGGUGAUCGGAGAACCCAUGGGACUGGAGACGGCAGGUCGCUCAGGGAGCCAGCUUCUGGAGAUGUUCAACAUCGGCCAGCAGCAGAUUUUUAGACCCUCAGAGGAGGAAGAGGACCACGUAGGAAGUGACUUCCCUCCUCAGGGAACAGAAGGACCCGAAGAGGACCACAGGAGCGGGUCAAAGCAAACGCAGGUUAUCACCAAAAACGAUUUGUUGCAGGGACUCGCAGGCGGCCUCGCCAAGGACGGCCCACCUACACCCACGGCACCACGCUCAUCGCCCGUCCACACGUGCGCCUACAUGUCGUCGUCACAGGUGGCACCGGCUACGCUUCCGGAAAGGGACGACCCCACGCACUUCGGGUUUGGACCCUUUGAGCUGCCGCCUCAGUGGUUGCCCGAGACCAGGAACAGCAAGAAGAGGCUGCUGCCUCCUUUGGGGAACACUCCCGAGGAGCUGAUCCAGACCAAGAUGCCCAGACCACGACCCGAACGGCGGAUAAGCAGGAACAACAAAGUGAGCACGAUCCCCGUUGUGGACCCGUGACCUCAUCCAGGUGGACUCUGGUCUCAAACAUACGUGGAGGUUUUUCUCAGACUGAAGAUGAGACGCUCGGUUUCACAUCCAGUAGGAUAAGGGGUUUUCAAUAUGUGGAGCGGGCUCCCCCUAGGAGAAUCAGAAGACUUCAGGGGUUGUGUAGCAGCUUGAGAAACAUAAAGAAAAACACUGAUUGCAGCCAGAAAAUAUAACCUUAAAAAAAUACUUUUUGAGGGGGUAAUUGAAGGGAGGUGGCCCGUCCCUCGUAGAGACGCUCCCUUUUCCUGGAGUCAUUGUCAUUUCCUUCUCUGGUGUUUGCUAACGUAAUAAAAGUGUAUGUAAACCAAGUCAUUACAAGAUAAUAGUGUUUUGUUAUUUACCAUCUGGAGUGGAUGAAUGACUGAAAUUGCAGUUGUCCCUCGCCACUUUGCCGUUCAAAUUUGAUAAACACGCUGACAAAACCCCCACCCACCCCCCGAGGGCAGCCCACCCUACUAGCACUGCAUUAAAGUGACACUGCCUCAUUUUUACCAGUUUUUUUUAGCAACCAUUGGAAACCAAACCGACA